AUGGAAAAUAAUGAAAUAAAUAGUUAUGUAAAUCUUCCUUUCGGGGGAGAAAUUGAUGAUCAUAUGGUAAUUUCAGAGGAAAUGGACGGCAUAUCCAUGACACAUUAUAUAAAUGAAAACGAAAGGCAUGAUGGGCAAUCGCUCGGAGGUUUAGGUGGUAAUACAAUAGAAAACCGUAAUGGGUUUACUGUUGAAGAUUUGAAUUAUAUACAUUUUGAUGAGUUUGUCAAUGAUGCCCCUGAUACUAUAUCAGAUGGUCAACAAAUGAUAUGGAAUAUCAAUACAGAAGAAAAUCAAAUGACUACAGAGAGAUGGGAUCCAUCAACUCUUGCAAUUCAUGACGCUGUACAAACAGUCCAGGAUAAUAAUUCUCAAACAAUACUUUUAAAUCCUGAUGCAGCUACUCAAUUUCUUAUCGAUCCUGCCCUAAUGGCACAACCUCAUUCACAAUCAUCUGUGCAAACACAACAAACACAACAAACGCAACAAACACAAUUAUCAACUCAACAACAACCUCAAAUAUCAUCAUCUCAAUCAACCCAAUCAUCUCAACCUCCACAACACACUGGUCAUUCAUAUGGAACACGAUUUGCGAAUCAAGCACGUCCAACACCUGGAAUUCAACCUCGGACGAGAAGACAAAGACCUAAAAAAGGUCAAGGGGAUGUCGAUGAUGGGCCUUAUUGUAUAUGUCGUGGUCCUACUUUUGGAGUCAUGGUUGAAUCGCAAGAGGUGGACAAAUAUCAUUGUCCUAAAUGUCAAGUAGAUAAUCCUGCUCUCAUUGGUUUAAUUAAAGAUGAUCGACCAAUGGCAGAAGCAACUGGUAUAGAUCCGAAGGCAUUAUUGAUCGAAGAACCUAAACCAAAGCCUAUUACGAAAUGUUUAUAUAAAGAUUGUUUAAAUUUAGCUCGUGAGAAUAGUCCUUAUUGUAGUGAUGGUUGUUCUUUACAUAGUCAAAUUCUGGAGAUCAAGAAGACAAAGGGGCCAGAGGUAUCAAAAUCUUCACCUCAAAACUUAAUUGAACCUAAAAAAAUGCAACGCCCUGUACUUCCAAAAUCUACAUCAUCAAUAGUAAUGAAUAAAACUACACCUUCAAUAGUAAUGAAUAAAACUACACCAUCAAAUGUUCCUACUGCUACAAUGAGUAAUAGAACACAAUCUAUGAUCAUGAAUUCGGCUCUUUUAGCAAAUAGAACGACUUCAAUUCAAAUAAAAAAGACCCCUAUUCCUCAACGAAAAACUUCAUCCGGAAGUUCCGGAGACGGAACUACAAAAGUUCGUAAUAUUUGUAUGGAAAAAUUUGUUAGUCUUUUUACGAAAAAAUACACGGAAUUAAAACAAAAAGGUGAAUUACCUGAUUCACAGGAAAGUCCUGAACAACUUGCGCAGCGUCUUGCACGACGUAUUGAGGAAUCUAUUUAUGACAAUUUUUCUACAAAAAAUGAUCGUGAUGGUUUAGGUCAAACAUAUAAAUCAAAAUUUAGAAAUAUUCUAACCAGUCUUGGUCAUCCCAAAAAUGAAGAUUUAUUAAUGCAAGUUGUUAAAGGUGACAUUCCACCAAUAAGAUUGGUGAUGAUGUCUACUGAGGAAUUAGCAAAUCCUGAACAAAAAUCUCUGAUGGUAAAAGUUCGUAGAGAAAGUAUGCAACAGUCGGUUCUAAAAGCCGAAGAUUUAAAUGGACCAAGGAUAAAGAAAACUCAUAAGGGUGAAUUCAUAAUAAUAGAAGCUGGACGUGAUUCUCCUAAACAUGAUACUAAUUCAACUGUAUCAUCUAAUUCAAAUACCAAUUUUAAUGUUUCUACAAACGUAAGGCCAAAAAUAUCAGUAGAAGACUUAAUUCCUAAACGGAAGUUAAGUACGGGUGAUAAUGUUAAUAUAUUGUCUGCAAAUACAAUGGUAGUGGAUUCUCCGGAUAAUACACUACCACUUUCCCCUCAAGUCAAAUCUCCAAUUUCACCUACCAUGAGUCCCUCACAUACCCCACCUGGAGAACCUCCCAGUCCCACUCUUAACAAGCCGGUUACUAAAUUACCUCCUAUUUGGAAAGGACGAUUAUUAUAUGAUGGAGUUUCCAGAUUUUCUGGUCAAGCAACCCUCGUUGCUGCAAAAAAGAGGGAUAAAGAACGCAAUUGGGAAGAAUUUCUUGCUGCGUCUAUAAGAUGCAAUGGUCACGUUUCACGUGUUGAACAGGCGGAUACUUAUUUAAUUGAUUGUUGGUGUUCACCUUCCAAAGAUGUUGCAUUUAUCAAAUUUGAACCUAAUGAAGAUAAUCCUACUGAUAAGGAACAGUUUGAUUUAAUUUUUAAUUAUUUACGUUAUUCUCCAAAGGAUAGAGUAGUUCGUUACGGUCGGGUUGCAAACGCAUAUAGUACUGUUAGAGAAAUGUAUAUUAUACCAUUAGAACCAAAAGAUAAAGUACCAGAUGUUGUUACCUUUUUAGAUCAUGAUGAGAUGUUUUUAUCAAAAAAUAAUGAAAAACGUGAAACAAAAUUAUUAUUGGGUGCAAUUGUUAUUGUUGAUGCUGAAUCUGCAAAAUCAAAACGUCCACGUGAUUUAACACAAAAAAUUGCACGACCAAUUAAAAAAGAAAAGAUAGAAACUACCACUACUAGUCAAGUGAGUAAUGUGACCCAAUCAAAUAUUGGGAAAAGUUCUUUGGUUAAUAAUAAUUCUAUAGUACCAAGUCCUACUGUAGCACCACAACCUAUUGCAUAUAAUGCUGUGUCAGCUCCAUUACAAAAUCAAUCACCAAUACCUUCAAGUAUGCCAGUGGUUACAACUGCGCAAACCGGAAUUCUCCCUGGAUUAUUACAAUCGUUAUUAAAUCAAACGGUUCCUCCUAAUCAAAAUACACCUCCACCUUCACAAUUUCAACAACCUCCCCAUCAGUUUAAUAGACCACCACCCCCUAAUACUGGUGGUCCCCCUGCAUCUUUUGGUAUUCCGCCUCCGCAGCGACCACCACAAUUACAUAUGCAACCUACUCAAUUCCCGUCACGUUAUCCGACUACAACUGGACCAAACCAACCCCAAUUCAUGCCACCUCCGCCACAACCCCAAUCAGGUUUGUCACAACCCUCGCCACAAGGACCACCACAUCCCCCGCCACAGGGACCAUCACAAGGACCAAUCCCUCAAGGAUUUCCUCCUCAAUUUGACCAAUUUUAUCAAAAUCCACCUUCAAAUUUUGCCCUACAAGGUCCUCCUCCCCAACAACCACCAUUGCAACCAUAUGAUUUUGGAUCUAAAUGGGGUCCACCACAAGAUAAUCGACCACCACCACCAAUAGAUCAUGUAAAUCGAAACGAAAAUAAAUCUCAAUGGGGAGAUCAAGAAGACAGAAGAAAUUGGAAUCAAAAUGAUACUAGACAACAAAGAGAACGUGAAUAUCGUAGAGGACCAUCACCACCACAUUCCGAUUAUCGUGAUCGAAGGCAUCGACAAAAUCGGGAUAAUCGUAGGCGAGGAAACAAUAGUCCUCGAGGCGGACGUAACACUAACGGUUCAGGACAAAACAAUGAUCGUGAAGAACGUGAUAGAGAAGAAAGAGAAGAAAGAUUUGAACGUAAUAAUAAUAAUAAUCGAGAUAAUUAUCGAGAAGGUGAUCGAGGUGGAGUUGGUGGUGGACGAUUUCGUACUAGAGCUUGA